AUGGCUUCUACCUUCCCUUCAACAGAUAGCAUUCAUCACAUCCGCUCAAUGAGUUUACCAGCCUUAGCACAUCCAAGCACAAUUCAGGCUGAAGAAGAGAUAUGUGAAUUCAGAAAAUGGGAGGCAUCCACAUCAAACGUUCCAACCGCAGACAAUAUCUGCGGUGCACUAGUGAGGCUGCAAGGAUUAUACGAAUGUGUAGACAGUCUUCUCAGUCUGCCGUUGACCCAACAAGCGCUUACUCAUAGCCAAUAUACAAACCUCGUCAAUGCGUUGCUCGACAAAUCCAUCAGUCUUAUGGAUAUUUGCGAGUCCACAAGAGAUUUGGUGUCACAAGCGAAAGAAAACGCUAGAGAUAUUCAAUCUGCGGUCAGGAGAAAAAAAGGAGAUGUAAGCAUAGCCACUUCCUUCAUGAAGAACCUCAAGAAAGACACCAAAAAGGCUAUUACAUCUUUGAAGCAAAUUGAUGAAAAGAUUGGAGGCAUGCCUCCUGUAGAUUUAGAUCAUCAUGUUUUGUCAGUUAUUAAAGUAGUAAGGGAUGUUGGUGUUGUGAGGUCUUCGGUUUACAGGUCUCUCUUGUUGUUCUUGUCUGGAUCUGUUGCAAAAUCAAAGGGGACAAGGUGGUCACUAGUUUCCAAAAUGAUUAACAAAGGACCAAUUGAGGAAAAAAAUCAGGUACAAGUUUUCAAUGGAGAUCUUGAGUCCCUUUUCGAAGAAAUGGAGAAUGGUCUGGAGUGCAUGUUUAGGAGUCUGAUCAAAACAAGAGCCUCUCUUCUAAACAUUCUUCCUCCUAAACAUAAUCUCAACUUGCUUAGCACUGUCUCAAUGGAUCAAGCUUGA